CUCUACACUCCGUCAAAAAUCAAUCAAAUAUAUUUUUAUUUUUAAUUGUUGUAGCAGCAUUUGGUAGCAGGUGGUGUGAAUAAUAAAAUGUUUUCCAACAGUGAUUCAAUUGUUUUUGUAAAGAUGCCUAUAUCAUCGCUCAGUCUGAAGUCGGGUGCAUCUCAAAGGGUGUCCUGAACAUUAAAUAAAUUAUUAAUUUAAUUCAGUUAUUGUAUUGUAUUGUAUAGUUACGUAGUCGUUAAUAAUUCUUAAUGUUGGCAGUAUUAGUCUCUUAUCAUUCUGCUCACGAUAAAACACACUCAAAUAUCAUAUCGUUUAGUAAUAUAUUUGCUGUGUUGCUGAUUAUUUGAAUAUAUAUUUUAUAUACUAUAACUUCAUAAUACUUGCAAUUUCAUUAAAAACAAAGAUGGCAUCGUCUGAUCCAGAAAUUAAGGAUGGAUUUACUCUCCCUGUAUGGAUGAAAAGUAAACCAACCAAGGAAUUUGCACCGUUCGCUUCAUCACCCCCAGCUCCCGAAGAUUCAUUCUUUUACAUUCGUUAUCCGAAGACCGAUGCGUUGUUGGGUAAACCCAAGUUCAGCAAUGAAAUUCCGAAGGUUAUGAUUGAACAGCACAACGAAAUCGCAGCCACGGCAACGUACAGACAAGACAAGGAUUGGUCGAAACACACGAAGCCCUGCCAAGAAGUUCUGCACGGCAUUGCACCUAUUAAUACAGCUGUGAAAUCAGUAAAUGCAAAAUCCAAGCCCGCGGGGACAGACGAUGGCUUCAAAGGUGAGGGCGCGGCGUGUGGGAGUUCCGUCGUCAAGGUAGCCCACCAAAUGAUCCAGACGCGUUCUCCCCGCGGCUUCACAGUGGCGACUCCCGCGGACGACGUACCGGAGCUCACCCCGAAGGUCCUGGCUCGACGCGGCAGCAAGAGCCUGCCCGCCACCCCGGCGCACUCGCCCCCCUCCAGUCCCACGACGCGCAGGAGGAUGAACGGCAACCGGUUCUUCACGACGCCGUUCGAGGCGGCGGAGGAGGGCGGCGCGCGCUCGUGGCUCGCGGCCGCGCUGCUCGGCUACAAGAAGGACCUCGCCGCCUCGUCCUCCGCGCUGGCCGAGGAGGACGCGCCCGAGCCGCGCCUGCACGGUGGUUCUCUGGCCGAGUCCGUCGAGAGCCUCGGCCCGUCUCCGAAAGUCGACCCGAAGAUAAUAUCAAACGAGACGAGUCAACAACCCAAGCUCACGAAACCGGCUCAUUCGUUCCGCCCGAAGCCGUCGGAACUUCGUGAAAUGAACUUCUGGUCGCCGACGUCAAUGUGAAGUGUGACUUUGAUUAGUUUAUCUUCUUAUUUGGUUUUAUUCUUACUUUCGUGAAAGCAGACAUGGAGUCCGCUGUGGGUUUUGACAAUGUGACAUUCUUUAAGAUUUAAUUGUCUCUUUCAUAUGGACAAGUAUUCAGUAUUCUACGAUUGCUACAAGCGUAACAGCCCCGGUUACAUUUUGUUAGUGAUUAUGUUAUAAAAACAGUUUUAUUUCAUAUAGUCACUGCAGUUAAUCGCUAUGAUUUAUGUGCCCGUGUCGAAGUGGUUAGGUAUAAAUGUGGUACAGCCAAUCGGAAGAAAUCUUGCAUCAUGUUUUUUUUACAUAUGUAAUUUCGACAUUGAUUGAUGACCUCCUUUAUCUUUAUACUCAAAUAUCAACAAUGUGUAUCGCGUCUUUGUUAUUUUCUUGUUUAUAUGAGUUAAUCGGUUGAGUGUAGUGAAUAGAAUAUGUGGAUCUUAUAGGUCUCAAGUUCAAAUCUGGAAGUAUCACUGAGUUUAUAUGUGUGUGUACAGCUCAAAAUAUGUUGGUAAAGCAAAAUAAAUUCAAGAGAUUUUUGAGUGAGACGAAUUGAUGAGCUGUGGAUUACAUUAAUUAAUCUUGAUCGAAACUUUUAUUCACUUUUACUCUACAUACGAUUUGAGCUGGUUUACAUGAUGUCAGAACGACAGUUAUCACUUGCUGUGACGUUGUGACGUCACAACACACGCGUUGGCACAACGUAGCUGUCACCGGCCUGACAGUCACAUUGUGCUGGUAAUUCUGUGACCAAAUUGAGUUACAGUAAAUAUGUUCUAUACAUUUGUUGAUCUGAUCGAAUGUGAGCCAACUUAAAUGCUAAACCAACCAUCUAUAAUACUUCUGUUAAAAUAUACAAAUCGAUAUUGUUUCGACCAUCUUUAGCUAGGUAUUAACAUAAAUCCGUAUGUUUAAGUUUUAUUAUUAAAAUGAUAUUCCAUUAAAUUUAAGUAUCAUUGAUGUACAUCGCAACACUACACACUUGUCAUCGAGAUUCAUUUUAUACUCUUAAUGCUUUCGACCGAAAUAAUUACAUAAAUACUAAAUUGACAAUCAUUUACUACAGUUCUCUCUUUAUAAGAAUAUUAUAAGAUAUUUUGAUAGUACCGCUGAAGAGUUAUCUCGAGAAAGUUAAUUUGUCAUGAAAUAGUCGAGAAAUGUCAAUUUAUUUGUCUAAUUAUAGCAGUCAAAAGUAGCCAUAUUUUAAGUUUAGGAUCUAUUAUUCUUGUAAGUCUAUAUUAACUGUAUGAUAAGUAAUUAUAUAUAAACAUCUAUGAUAUUAUUCUUCUUGCAUGAUUCUUAUUGAAAAGUAAUGAUAGUAAUUACUAGGAUUGUUUAAACAGGAGCCCGUAUCAAUUGCAAAGGUUAUAUUAUAUGUAUCAAUUAAAAGUAGGCUUUCUCAGAAAUAUAAAUAUUUUAGAUCAAGCCUAUGUAAUUUAUAUGGAUUAUAUUUUUGUACUAAAUUAUAUGUUUUAAUAGUAUGGCCCUUAAAUAUAGAUAGAUAACUUUUGUGGUAUCUUUGUUCGUCAUGAUUGUACUGUACCGAAAUUAUAUAAUGCCAUCAAUCUCAUUUGAAAUACCGCCUUUUUGUGAUUAUAAAAUAUUUAUAAAAAACA